AUGUUAAAAGGUUCUUUAAACAUAUAACUUCCCAAAAUAAUAAAAUUUCAUUUAAAUUCUCCAAAAAAUAUCCAAAAAGGAUCCUUAUCUCCAAAAUAACAAAAAAAAAAAUCCCAUAAUCCAAUAGAAUCUCCUCUAAAUUAAACACAAAAUAUCUAAAUAUCCCCAAAAGAUAAAUCCCAUUUUUCAAUAUUGAACGAAACUUCCGAAAAUCCAUUAAAAAUUUACCAUAUUAAGAAUUAAAUAAGGUCCAUAUCACCAUAAUUAAGGAAAGUAAGUCCCUAAAAAUUACAAUAAUUCAAAAACUUAUAAUUUUUGAAUAUACUAGACAUAAAAGAGGAAAACGAAGAUGAUAAUAAAUCAUUAUUUUACAUAAAAAAGCUAUAUAUAAAAGAUAAAAAAAAAUGUCAAAAAGCAUACGAAAAAUAUGAAAAAGUAUACAAAAAUAUCGAAAGACAAUCAGACCUAUAUGAACUGAUUUAAAAAUAAAAAAAUUUGGUAAAAUACUACAAAGAAAAUAAAUUUUUGGAAAUUUUAAAAGAAGAAAAUAACCAAAACCUUCUCCCAAAAAAACUCGGGUUUACCUAAAAUACAGAAUAAACACAAAUUAAUAUUUCUCAUUAUAAAAUAGGUGAAAAAUAUGGACGAGUAAUAUCCGCUGGAUUAAAAUAAUAAGUAAAUAAUAUUAUUAAAUAGAUAAAAUUAAAGGAUAAUAGACUAAAUUAUAUCAGUUUGGAAUUUUUAAUUGAAAGUUUAAAUAAAGGAAUAGAAGAAAUAGAUUUUUCAUAAAAUAUCUUGUAAAUUAAAAAUCUUUAAAGUUUAUUUUUCAAAUUAAGUUAUUAAUAAAUUAACUUAAUUAUUUUAAAAUUAUAAAAAUGUUCAAUUAACGAUAAUUCUUUAGAAUUUUUUAUUCAAGAUUUUUUAUAAGUAUAAUCUUUAGAAAUUAUAGAUUUAUCAGAUAAUUUAUUUAAAAAUGUAUAAGGUGGAAUUUUUAUGCAAAAAAUAAUUAGAAAUUUAGAAAAUUUAAAAGAAUUAUAUAUUAGAGGAAAUCAAUUUGAUGCAGAAAGUGGUUUAGUGAUUUUUUAAGGUUUUUAAAAAGUUGGAUUAGUUAUAAAAGUUUUUGAUAUUUCUUAAAAUUCACUAGGACAUGGCAAUUAAAUAUAUAAAUAAAAAUUGAUAUCAAAUAUUUAAUAAAUGAUACAAUUAAAUUCUGACUAAUCUCUUUUACAUAUAGAUUUACGUCAAAAUUAUUUUUAAAAAGAAGACUUAUUUUAAAUUGGUACUUUUUUAAAUUAAAACAAUAAUAUAUUUGGUUUUCAUAUAUCAAACGGAUUUGAUUGUUAUAUGGAUUCUUUGUAAUAACUAAAUUUUUUAGAAGAAAACAAUAUUUAAUAAAACUUAUUUUAAUAUAUACCUAUUAACUCUAUAAAAAUAAUAAACAAUAUCUAUUACAACAAAAAGAAGAGAGAUUUACAUGAAUAAAUAAAUUUAUAAUAUGGGGACAAUUGUUGGAUAUGUGAAGGAUGGAUAUAGUAUAAUUUUACUUGGAAAGGAGAAUUAAGCGGGAUUUUGCCAUAAAACACAUAAACCUUAUAUUUACAUUUAGAAAUAGAUUAUUUUAAGCCUUCUCUUAUGUUAAAAGAACUUAAAAAUGAGCAUUUUUCAAUAAAAAGAAUGGUCCCUCCUCUUUAAUAAAUUAAAUAUUAUUUUUCUUCUGAUUAAAAAAAUAGUAUUUUUAUAUAAAAAGAUGCCUAAACAUUAAUUUUUGAAGAAAAAAAUAUAAAAUAUAACAUUCUCUCUACUAAUAAAAGUCAAAAAAGUUUCAUUAAUGAAAAAUAUCAAGUAGAUUUAAAUAUAAGACCCCGUUGUUUAUUAUCUUAAAUUAGAAAAAACAAUAUUCUUAACAAAAAUAUAGAAGAGUUUGAUAUGGAAAAGAUGAUAUUUAAAUAUUUCGAUUUCGAUUCUGAAAUUCACUUAAAAAAAUGCUUCGAAUUUGAUUGGGAAUAGUCCAAAAUUGAGUUUUUGAUAAAAGAUUAAGAUUCUUUGUCUAAAAUAAGAAGUUUAUUUGAAAAAAACUAUAUUUUUAUUAAUAAUUCUUUUAAUUUUUACUCAAUAAUUGAUCAUUAGGGCUUAUUUUAAUUCCUUUCUUUUGAAAAUUUCUGUGAAUUUUUACAUUUUGGGAAAAUUAUUGAUGAAAAAUAUCUAAAAAGAGUAGAUGUUUUAAAUUUUUUUAAUACUUUUAGUAAUAAUUCAAUAAUUCGUAAAAAACUCUUUUAAUAAUAGCAUAUAACUUAAGAAAAAGGAAUUAUUAGGUUUUAAUUUCUUAAUAUAAUUAUUAAAUUGGCAAAAGAAAAGUAUAUUUAAAAUGGAUUACAUUAAUUAAUCGAAUCUGCAGUCUAAUAAUUAUUUAAUGAUGGAUUUUUAUUUUGUUUGAAAAAAAAUAAGCUUUAAAAUGAAUGGAGGGAAGAAAUUUUAUUUAAUGAAUAAAUGGAUAUUACUUUUAAAUAUUAUUUUAAUAUUUUUAAAAUUAUAUACAAAGUUCUUUUAUUAAUUUUUUUUAUUUUUAUUAUUAAUUAUUUUUAUUUUUAUUUUUAAGAAAUUUGCAGGGUCUUUAUAAAAAUUAAACUUUUCUAAUCAAAUUAAAAGUUUGAAUUUGUAAGAGUUUAAAAGUUUUAUUACUUAAGUAGGAAUUACCGUUGA